AUGAACUCCUCCCCAGAUCCGUCUCUCCGCAACUCCAUCCCUCCUGUUCUGUCGUUGGAGGACCCGCUGGAGAGGACCGACCCGCACACCGAAAGCACCGGCAGUGUGUCGGUGAAUUCUCCGUUAAAAAAAACGAAACGAAGAAGAAAGAUGUCGACGUCGGCUGAAGACGUGUUAACGCAACCUAAAGAAGGAGAAGCAAAGUGGCCUCCGGAGAAUGAGGCCCGGUUAAUAUCGUUGAUGUUGGACGAAGUCAUCUUGGGGAAGUGCAUCAACCAGAAGUUCAAAACAAGCAAUUGGAUGGAUAUUCAAAAAGCAUUGAACAAAGCGUGUGGUCCAGAACACCAUUACGAGAUAACACAAAUCACGAGCAAGCAUGAUCGGUUGAAAGUGAAGUGGCGUCGGUUCCACAAUAUGCUGCAUAAUACAACUGGGUUCGGCUGGAAUUCGGAGACUGGGAAGCUCACGGGUGGUGACGAAGUUUGGAGCCGGUGGUUCGCGGUACGUCCAAAGGACAAAGAGAUGAAGAGGAUGGCUUGCGUGCACUACCGUGAGUUGACCACAAUUUUUAUCGGGAACACGGCAACUGGUAGCGGUGCAAGGGCAUCUACACAGCCACCAGAAGGAACAAGCAGGCGUCGUAGAACUAACACCGCGGUGACGGCCAACUUCUUGUUUCCCGACGAGUUAAGUGAUGAGCCAAUGAACACCCCGGACAGUGACAGGUGCACUCGUCGCCGUCAAGGGUCCACUUCCAAAUUCGACAAUGCCAUGAAUUCUAUUACUGAAGCAAGCCGCACAAUCCAGCAAAACGCGCGUCCACCAGUUGAUCAAAUAAGCCUCCAACAUGCUGUAAAGGUGCUGGAGUCGUUGCCUGGUGUUCCUGUGCCGGUUCGAAAGGUUGCUUGGAGGAAGUUUCGUGACCCGUGUAGCCUUUACACAUUUCUUGGAAUGGAUCUGGAAGAAAACCGGCGUGCCCUUCUAGAUAUGUGGAUGGAUGAGGAAGGCAAUUAG